GCCUGGGUAACAGAGCAAGACUCCAUCUCAAAAAAUAAAUAAAUAAAUAAAUAAAUAAAAGCAUGAUUUCUGUUAAGACUAAGGUCAGUAUUUCCUAUACAGUCUUAUGUUUCUCAUCUUAGUUGUUUUGUUGUAAGAAGCAUUUGUCUUUUGUCUUCUUUCCACUUGUUUCUUUAAUCAUAUUUAAGGAGUGUCCAUAAGGAGAGCUUUACUUCCUUGAGGAUUAAAGCCCAACAGUACUGAGCUAUUUGUCUGUCAAAAUGUCUGCAAAAUUGGGAAAGUCAUCAUCACUCCUAACACAAAUUUCAGAGGAGUAUAAUGGGAUUCUGACAGUGAAGAUGGAAGAGGAAGAACAGACCUGUGAUCUGGACUCUGACCUCCACUGGAGCAGCAGCUAUAGCCCAGAGACCUUCCACCAGCAGUUCAGGCAGUUUGGCUACCAGGAUUCACCUUGGCCCCGGGAGACUCUGAGCCGACUCCGGGAACUUUGUCAUCUCUGGCUGAGGCCAGAGGUGCACACCAAGGAGCAGAUCCUGGAGCUGCUGGUGCUGGAGCAGUUGGCCAUCCUCCCAAAAGAGCUACAGGCCUGGGUGCAGAAGCAUCAUCCAGAGAAUGGAGAGGAAGCUGUGACUAUGCUGGAGGAUGUGGAGAGAGAGCUUGAUGGACCAGAGCAGGUCUUUUUUGGACAAAGGAAGGACGUGAUUGCAGAGAAGCUAGCACCUUCAGAAAUCACUGAGGAAUUGCCAAGUAGCCAGCUCAUGCCCAUGAAGAAGUAGCUCCAGGGAGCAUCAUGGGAACUUCAGUCCUUAAGACUGCAUGAUGAAGACAUCAAAACUACAAAUGUGAAAUCCGCAGCAAGGCAGAAGACUUCUUUAGGCAUAGAACUGCACUGCAAUGUCUCUAACAUCCUUUAUAUCAAUGCCUCCCAGAGUUCCACAUAUAGAGCAACCUAUGAGCAAGACGGUAGGCUUAAAAGGAGACAAGGAAACCCUUCUCGGAAAAAACAACACAAAUGUGAUGAAUGUGGCAAAAUCUUUAGUCAGAGCUCAGCCCUUUUUUUACAUCAGAGAAUCCAUAGUGGAGAGAAACCUUAUGCAUGUGACAAGUGUGCAAAGGCAUUCAGCCGAAGCACGAUUCUGAUUCAGCAUCGACGAACCCAUACUGGCGAGAAGCCCUACAAGUGUCAUGACUGUGACAAAGCCUUUCGUCAGGACUCGAAUCUUUUUAGACAUAGGAAAAGACACAUUAGAAAAGAAGUCCCAUAAGUAUCAUGAGGGAAUCAAAGCAUUUACUCAGAGCUAUUUCAGCACAAGGGAAGACGCAAGGUGCAAACGCUCCUUAGUACAAAUCAGUGGUCUUAGUAAGCACCAGACUCCUUUCAAGAGCCAUGAAAGCCACAGGAGAGAAGGUUGAAGAUCUCAUGUCAGCAUAAUUUGCUUUCCUGCUUAUUAAUGCAGUGUCAAUUCUGAUGUUUGCCAUUCCAAAGCUUAAUUCAGAUUUCCAUCCCUACACAGCUCUUGAAAAGGCAUUCUCAGACAUGUUCUACUAUUUUCAUUAUUAACACAUAUAAUGAACUAGUAUAUAUCUUUAGACAAGUUGUUUUUUCCCUCAUUGAGAAGGAAUGUUUGAGUUACUCAGUGUAAAAAUAGAUAUUCUCCUCCAUUUCAUAACUUAAGCACUAGAAUUCUAAAGACCAAAAAUUAAAGCACUCAAAAAAAAUUCCUGGCUGGGUGCGGUGGCUCGUGCCUGUAAUCCUAGCACUUUGGGAGGCCAAGGCGGGGAGAUUGCCUGAACUCAGGAGUUCAAGACCAG